AUGUCUUACGACGCGAACCCAAUCGUGAGUUUAACCAUCGAUUUCCUAUCAAACCAAUCGUCGGGAGCCUCCCAGACCCUCAGCAGCGCCGGUAUCAACAGCACCGGCCCCGACAUAUAUAACUACACGAACUACAUGUCCUACUCUAAUGACAACACCGGUCGCUCUAACGGCAACACCAGUGCCAACGAUGAUGAUGAGGACGACUACACCCUUCGGAAUCUCAUUGUCAUCAUAUUCUACACCAUUAUUAUCUGUGUGUCGUUUUGUGGAAACCUACUGGUGCUCCGGGUCAUAUUUGGCAAGCGAAAAAUGCGCACCACCACCAACUUGCUAAUAGCGUCCCUGGCCCUGGCUGACUUUCUCACCACUACCCUGAACAUACCGUUUAACGUGACCCGGUUCCUAACGUUCAACUACCCGUUCGGUAGAGUACUGUGCAUACUGGUGCCAUUCAUCCAGGUAUGCUGCGUGUACGUGAGCACCCUGACCAUGGGGGUCAUAGCCAUACACCGAUUCUGGACUAUUAUCGGCACGACUAGCAUGGCGUCCAAGUCCAUGUCGACGGUGAAACUGGCGGUGAUUAUAGUGGUGGUGUGGGUCAUAGCUGGCGUACUAGCCCUACCCCACUCCACCUUCAAUAGGAUUGUGCCGACCGUCUAUAAAAACGUUACGUACGACAGGUGCCGAGUGGUGUACCCCAAGCUGGGCGUGGAUUUCGCGUUUUGGUUGUCCAUCGAAGCAAUACCGCUGAGCAUCACAUGUACCCUAUAUAUCAAAAUUGGUUUCGUUGUGGCAAAACAGGGACGUAUAGCCGGUAAGGCUAGUGAUGAACGCAAAAAGCAGCAUGAUGAUGCCCGACGUAGACGUAUUGUCAUGAGAUUUAUCCUGAACAUUAGCCACUUGGACACACGCCAGGCUUAA